AUGGAGAGUCAGCUUGUUGAGCGAGCCAAUCAGGCACCCGACGCGACGGCCGUGAUCGAUAAUGGCCGUGCCGUUACUUACAGAGAACUGAUACUGAGGGCGGAUAUCCUGGCCGACAUAUUGGAGAAAAGUCUCGUCAAACCAGAAGAGCCCAUUGGUAUACUGGUUGAGUCAGGACUGCACCAAAUCAUUGCACAAAUCGCCAUUAUACGAGGGGGAGGAACUUGUGUUUUGAUUGAUCCCUCCAUGCCUAUGCAAAGAUUGCGAGGAAUGCUGGAUGACCUGGCCAUCAAGCAUGCCAUUACCGAUGAUGCCUUUUCCAGUCGCCUCCCCGACUUGAAAGCGAUUCCAAUUGCUCAAGCAUCCAAUUCCAAAAUUGAAGCAGUUGAAAAUGCCGAAAUUUCUGUUCGGGCAGGAUGCCCGGAGAGUUAUAGAAGCCAUAUCGUGUUUACAUCGGGUUCGACUGGUCGACCCAAGCCCAUCCAGAUACUGAGCGGCAGUAUACUGCAUGCUGUGACUCAUAUACCAUGCGGUAAACUGAAUCCAUCUGACCGGGCGUCGUGUCUCCUGAACCCCGGGUUUGACUUGGCCUUGCUCGAAAUAUGGAAGCCGUUACUUGAAGGAGCAACGGUCGUCAAAGUACCUGAUCUUGUCCGCACAGAUCCAUUUGCGUUGCGAAAUUUUGUGGAGGAGCAAAACAUUGCUUUCAUGAUCGUACCUACGGCCUUGUUUGAAGCGAUUUCGUUGAACACGCCGGAGGCUUUCCGUGGAACAUAUCAUGUCAUUGUUGGAGGAGAUGCAGUGAGCAACCACGCAAUGCAAAGAGUGUUGGACCAUUCUCAACCCAAAAACCUCUGGAAUGGAUAUGGUCCUGCCGAGGCAACGAUCUUGGUCACUUUGGGUAAGGUUGACAAGGAGGAAGCCCAACAGCCGCGUAUCAGUAUCGGCCGCACCUUUGGUGACACGAAGAUUUGUCUCCUUGACGAUGACCUGAACUGUGUUUCUGCACCGGGAGAGACGGGGGAAAUCUGCAUUGCGGGGCCGCAGGUUUCACCUGGCUAUCUAGACCGGAAUGAGGAGAACGAGAAGAGUUUUAUCACCCUUGAUGCGGAAAGGCUGGGUGCUCCUUUUGAUGCCCCCACGCGCCUAUACCGCACUGGCGACUUGGCUCAGUGGCGUGACCAGGUUGGGGGGGUGUUGGACUUCAUUGGCCGAGCAGAUAAUCAGGUUAAAAUCUCAGGUUAUCGAGUCGAGCUGGGAGACGUGGCAUGCGCCUUUGAGUCCCACCCAGAGGUUUACCUGUGUGAAGCUCUAUAUCGUCGGGAGAAGGAAGCAGAGAUUCUGGAGGCGUAUAUCGUGCCGGUCGAUUGGGAGAACCAGAUCGAUUCGGCUAUACUGCUCGAAUGGGCGAAGCAAAAACUUCCUUCAUACAUGGUUCCAAGAAGAGUAUACAAGAAACAAUCCUUUCCUCUGUCUGAGAAUGGCAAGGUUGAUCGCAAAGCCCUUCUACCUGACGACGAUGGCGACGACAUGAAGACGAAUGAAAAGGAGACCGCUGGCCAGAAGGCAAGCCUCUCUGAUGAGCCGAGUCACGGACUAGGCAGUGACGAGCGCGAUAUGGACGAGUGGCUUUACAAAGUCAUUCAUGAAAUGCUCUCCGUCGAAGAGGUUGACCCCUCGAAGAGUUUAUUUGACCAAGGUUUGAGCUCUUUGCAGGCUGCGAGGCUCAUCGGACGUAUUCGGGUGGAGUAUGGGAAGAGGGUCACGUUACGAGAGAUUUACAAGAAUCCCACCGUCAAGCAAUUGGUGGCUUUCUUGAAUGACUCGGAUGGUGAAGGCAAGCCAGAAGUCUCCGAGUUGGAGCAAUGGGCGCGUGAUGCCAAAGAUCUUGGUUAUCCAUCACCCUUGCCGGAUUGGCAGGCUCCCAGUGAAGGUCGUGUCUUUUUAACUGGUGCGACCGGAUUCCUGGGUGCGCACAUUUUACAGCAACUCCUGUCAAUGGAAACAGUGAAGCAAGUUGCUUGCUUGGCCCGCAGUCAGGCUGGUCUCAGUGCCAGCGCUCGAAUUCAGCAGACGCUGGAGAAAUACGAUUUAUGGGAUGGUCGACUCGAGCUCACGCACAAGAUUAUGGUCCUCGAAGGUGACCUUCGUGACUCGAAGCUAGGACUGGGUGAAGAGCAGUAUACAUGGCUUACGGAAUGGGCAAGUGUGAUAUUCCACGUCGGCGCCAAAGUCAACUGGUGCGAUCCCUACGAGGCCCAUUACGAGUCCAACGUGGUGGGGAUGCGGAAUAUUCUCCAGGCCGCGACGAUGGGCAGCCGCAAAGCAUUGCAUUACGUCUCUUCCAUUGAUGUUUGGAGUGUCAGCGGAUUCAUCAACAACAUCGACCGCGUCUACGAGGACGAGCCGCUCAUGCCCCAUUUGAAUGCGCUACCUUACGAUACGGGCUAUUCCGCCAGUCAGUUCGUCGCCGAGGAGCUGCUGCAACGGGCACGCGCACGUGGACUGCCAGCCGCAAUCUACAGACCGGGAUUUAUUGUCGGUCAUAGCCAGAUUGGGCGCUCCAAUGCGAACGACUAUUUCUCCAGAUUAAUCAUGGGAUGCAUACAGAGUGGCUACUUCCCAGAUCUGGAUUCACAAUAUCUGGAAUAUGUCACUGUUGACUACGUCACCUCGGCAAUCUUGCUCAUUGCAUCCAACAUGGAUCACCUCGGUCGAUCCUAUCAUAUCGUUCCUCCAGAUCGAUCCGAGUCAGUCAGCUACAGUGAGAUUCACCACAUGCUCCAGGAUCUUGGGUACUCUGUCAAGAAGGUCGACUAUGCCACAUGGGUUGAAAAAGUCCGUGACUCACCGGGCAACCCACUAGAAGCCAUGAUGCCGCUGCUCGAAGAGCCAGUCUACGAGGGCCUGACGCGGUUACAAACCAGCAAGAACACGCCUAUCUAUGACCCAAGUAAUACUGCAGCUGUACUGAAAACCCGACCAGACCUUGCUUAUGUGGCUCUGAAUGCGGAUCUACUCCAGCGAUUCAUACAUAAUUGGGUCGAUCACGGCGAGUUCACCUUUCAGCAGCAUUCUGCUAAUAUCUGA